CUGUCGGCCAAGAAUAAGGGGUUUGAAAGCCCACGACACUGACGGCGGCGGCAGCCUUUUUUUAGCGGGCGUCGCGAAGAUGGGAAGCUUCUCUUUGUUUCUCGGGCAGGCCCCUCUCUGCCUGCUUAUGCACCAAUUGGUUAUUCGCGCGGGUUUUCGGAUGCCACCCAUUGCAAAUCAAGGAUCUUGACAGCCACUAUUUCGGUAUCUUGGGCGCGAUUGACCACUGAGGCUCUGGGACCGACCGACCACCACUUCCCCCGUUCUAUAUAAGGAGCCCCGCUCCUCGAUCGCCCCCCAUGAAGGCCCUUUCGAUUCUCAUACCCAUACUGGUUGGAUUCUGCUCCAUACUGCUCUUUCGAGACCGCGUCGACGACAUUGUCGCAAGCUUGAAGACGACCUACGACCGCUACUCGCGAGAGCUCUUUGCCGCAAAGCAGGACAUCGUGACGACGACGACGACGACGACGACGACCGCAGCGAGCGCAAGAGCAACAGGCGCCGCCCCCGAACUGCAGCAUCCAGAGACUCACCUCUACGCGACCGACAUGUCCGUCCCCCGCGCGAUCCGCAAGGUCUUCCUUGCCGUGGAGCAGGCCGAGGGUGCGGGCGCGCGCGUGCGGCGCUCGGUCGGGACGCCGGCGCUGCGCAACUUUAGCCCUUUCCUGAUGCUCGAUCACUUUUCCAUCAAGCCCGGUGCCGGGUUCCCCGACCACCCCCACCGCGGCCAAGAGACCAUCACGUACCUGCUCACGGGCGGCGUCGACCACGAGGACUUUGCGGGCAACAAGGGCACCAUCGAGGCGGGCGACCUGCAGUUCAUGACGGCGGGCAAGGGCAUCGUGCACGCCGAGAUGCCGCGCCAGAACCCCGACGGCAGCGCAAACGUCGGCCUGCAGCUCUGGGUCGACCUGCCCAAGCACCUCAAGUCGUGCGAGCCCCGGUACCGCGACCUGCGCGCCAAGGAGAUACCCGCGGCCGAGGCCGACGACGGCAAGGUCAAGAUCAAGGUCAUCUCGGGCCAGAGCCACGGCGUCGACUCGGUCAAGGACCUGGCCUACACGCCUGUGUGGAUCCUCGACGUCGAGAUCAAGCCCGGCGGCAAGGUGGCACAGCCGCUGCCCGAGGGGUGGAACGCCUUUGCCUACGUGCUCGAGGGCGCCGACGUCAAGUUCCGCAACGGCAGUAGCGCCGAGGGUGAGGGGGAGGUCAGGGCCGCGCCGCAGUAUCACAACGUCGUCUUCGAGCCCCAGGGCGAGGCGAUCCUGGCCUCGGUCGACGGGGACGCCGCGGCGCCCGGCCGGUUCGUGCUCGUGGCCGGCACGCCACUGGACCAAAAGGUGGUGCAGUACGGCCCCUUUGUCGUCAACUCGAUGGAGGAGGUCCAGAAGGCCAUGUUUGACUUUCACACCCACUCCAACGGGUUCGAGCGGGCCAAGGACUGGCAGAGCGAGAUUGGGAAGUCGAUGAGGGAUUAGGGGGUGUUUCUCCGUUUUUGGCUGUCUUCUUGGAUGAUUUCAAUGCAUUUUUGCUUGCAUGGCGCCUUUUUUCUAUACAGGUUCUCCUUCACCUACCAGUCCAUUUUCUUUGAUCUUCUCUGUACAUAGUCAUCGAGACUGAUACCCAUGAACAUGUUUUGCCUCACCCUGGGAACUCGAUUGCAAGGGUGCACCACCAUGUUGUUCCCACAAGAUAUGUUUUCGUAGAGGG